AUAGCAGACCCCACAUUAGCUGAAAUGGGGAAAAACCUAAAGGAGGCAAUGAAGAUGCUGGAGGGUGGUCAGAGAAGAAUAGAGGAGGAAAAAGCAAAGAAGCUUUUAUCAGAGGAUAUUCCAGGGCCACUCCAGGGCAGUGGACAAGAUAUGGUGAGCAUCCUGCAGCUGGUCCAGAAUCUGAUGUAUGGAGACGACGAGGAGGAGCCUCAGAGCCCCCGAAUCCAGAAUAUUGGCGAACAAGGUCACAUGGCUUUGUUGGGACAUAGUCUGGGAGCUUAUAUUUCAACUCUGGACAAAGAGAGACUGAGAAAGCUUACAACUAGGAUACUUUCAGACACUACCUUAUGGCUGUGCAGAAUUUUCAGUCACCUGUUAGAUGCAAGGGGCUGCGGCUGGCAUGUGACUAAGGGACUGGUCAGUGGCCACAUUGCUACGGCCAGAGUGCACAUCUCAGGAACUGCAGCAGUCGGGCACACAGACAAGAUUGGGCGUUUGAGAGAGCUCUGUGAGCAGUAUGGCGUGUGGCUUCAUGUGGAGGGUGUGAAUCUGGCAACAUUGGCUCUCGGUUAUGUGUCCUCAUCAGUGCUGCCUGCGACUAAAUGUGACAGCAUGACACUGACCCCCGGCCCGUGGCUGGGUCUGCCCGCGGUUCCUGCAGUGACGCUGUACAAACACAACAACCCGGCCCUGACAUUAGUUGCUGGUCUUACAUCAAAUAAGCCAGCAGACAAGCUGCGUGCCCUGCCUCUGUGGUUGUCUUUACAAUACUUGGGACUCGAUGGCAUUGUGGAGAAGAUAAAGCAUGCCUGUCAACUCAGUCAACGGUUGCAGGAAAGUUUGAAGAAAGUGAACCACAUCAAAGUGUUGGUGGAAGAUGAGCUCAGUUCUCCAGUGGUGGUGUUCAGAUUUUGCCGGGAAUUGCCACACUCCUCAGAUCCAGAGUGUAAAUCGGUCCCAAUGCCCAACAUGGCGCCCUCCACAGUCGGCUGGGAGAGACAUUCCUGUGAUGCUCUGAAUCGCUGGCUGGGAGAACAGGUGAAACAGCUGGUGCCUGCAAGCGGCCUCACAGUCCUGGAUCUGGAGGUUGAGGGCACGUGUGUGCGGUUCAGCCCUCUGAUGACAGCAGCAGUGUUAGGAACAAAAGGAGAGGAUGUGGAUCAGCUUGUAGCCUGCGUCCAAAGCAAACUGCCUGUCCUGACCUGUACGCUGCAGCUGCGAGAAGAAUUCAAGCAGGAAGUAGAAGGGACUGCAGGUCUCCUCUAUGUUGAUGACCCGAACUGGCCUGGAAUAGGGGUUGUCAGGUAUGAACAUGCAAAUGAUGAUAAGAGCAGUUUGAAAUCCGACCCAGAGGGAGAAAAAAUCCACGCUGGACUCCUGAAAAAGUUAAAUGAACUGGAAUCCGACCUUACAUUUAGAAUGGGCCCUGAGUACAAGAGUAUGAAGAGCUGCAUUUACGUUGGCGUGGCCAGCGACGACAUAGAUGUGUCUGAACUGGUGGAGACAAUUGCAGUCACAGCUCGGGAAAUUGAGGAAAACUCAAGGCUUCUGGAAAACAUGACAGAAGUCGUCCGGAAAGGAAUUCAGGAAGCCCAGGUUCAGCUGCAGAAAGCAAAUGAGGAACGACUUCUGGAGGAGGGAGUACUGCGGCAGAUCCCUGUAGUAGGGUCCGUGCUGAAUUGGUUUUCUCCAGUACACGCUUCACAAAAGGGAAGAACAUUUAACUUAACAGCAGGCUCUCUCGAGUCCACAGAACACACGUAUGUCUACAAAGUACAAGGUACAGGAGUGACGCCGCCUCCAACGCCCUCAGGCACUCGCACCAGACAGAGACUGCCAGGUCAGAAGCCUUUUAAGAGGUCCCUGAGAGGUUCAGAUGCCAUGAGUGAGACCAGCUCGGUGAGUCACAUCGAAGACUUGGAAAAGGUGGAAGACAUGUCCAGUGGGCCUGAGCAGAGCACUCUAGAGGCCCACAGCCCUGAGCAACCUCCGGGGGCACCAGCCCCUCAGGCCGGCCAGACUGGAGCCCUCCAGAACAGUGCCCAGCGUCUGGAAGAUGAGUGCCCGCAGGUGCAGGAGCCGGAGAGCUUAAGAUAAAAUCCAGUAUUGGACUGAGACUGUACUGACUGUUUUCAGGGAAGACGUUACACUGAAAGUGAACGGUGCCACAUGUUCAUCCAGUAGAAAGGACCUGUGCUGGCUGGGAUUUUUGCACAAAUAUAUGCCUGAAAGCCAGGCUUCCCAGGAGGGCAAUCAAUUAUUUUAUGUGUACACAGAACAACGUACUAUUGUUUCUGGCCUGCCCAAAGGUAGCAAAACGACUUUCCCACUUUUAUUCCUAAAGAACACUCACAAUUUCAGGUGUUUGCCACUUGGAACACUUGCUCUUGUCUUUCUGAACAUAAGCUUACGUGAUUAGAUUGCACAUGGAGACUUUAUUAGGUCUCUUCCGGGUUCUGUGCUGUGAUUCCACAGAGGCGAGACAGCAGUGACCUUCAUCUGGUGGUCACCACAGGGCUUCAAGAGCCCUCUCCUGCACCCCCACCUGCUGCUUUUCCUGGAGACUUAAGGACUGUGUCCACUUGAGCCGUGGCAGGGCUUCUGUCUGGGGCUGUCCUUUGCCACAAAUCUUUUCUCCCUUUCUACACUCUUUGUAAACAAACUUAAGGACUUGUCUAACUAGGAAUAACUGUUGAGUCUCUUCCUGACCAUA